GAAGUUAGUGUAGCUUCCCAUACAUCAGCUGGACUAAUUGUUUUACUGUCCGGUCGCUUAACAUUCUACAAGAUCAACAUGUUGAAAGAGUUGGUGAGGGAGCGACUCUUUGCGGCCGCCGACGAAAUCUACGUGCUUUUUGAACGAACGAUAGCGUCGUACGAGGAGCAACUUUGUCGGGCGAAAGAGGAGAACGAACGACAAAGACAACAACUGGAAGCUGUUAGCAAGACGCAAAUGUUGCUACGCGUCGAAGAAGUCCAGCUGCUGAUUGGUCAACAACAACCACUUCCCCCUGAGCCAUACGGCGAGAUCUCUAGUUCGGACCAGGCGCAUCCCCUUCACUUAAAGGAGGAGGAGGAAGAGGCUGAUAUUAGCAAGUCGCCACCAACUGUCAUCUCUAUGAAGAGUGAAGACGAUGAAGGCAAACCAUCUGAAUCCACACGGCUCCAUCGUCGCAGUCCAAGGGAUGAUUAUUGUGGAGGAGCACUUAUAAAGAAACUCUUGGCGCCACUGUCAGACAACAAUGCUGAAAUUCUCCCCGACAGCAAGACAAACUGUGAAGGUUACGGCAAUCACUUGAAACGCUCUGAAGAGAAGACACCCUCUGGCAAAAAGAACAUGUUACAAAUGCGUAAACGUUUUAGCUGUACAUUUUGUGCUAAGAGUUUUGCAAAAAAUCAGCAUAUGACUAGACAUAUGAGAACGCACACGGGAGAAAAACCUUUUCGUUGCUCAGUUUGCGGCAAAACAUUUGCUCGAAAAGAACAUGUGGACUCACACAUGACAACGCACACGGGGGAAAAACCUUUUGUUUGCUCAUUGUGCGGUAGAAGAUUCUCUCACAAGUCGUAUUUGAGGACACACAUGAGAACACAUACUGGAGAAAAACCCUUUAGUUGCUCGGUUUGUGGCGAAUGCUAUUCUCAUAGGUCCAGUUUGAAUGCACACAUGCGGGGACACAACACGGAGAGAAUCAUGUGUGGCGAGUUUCAACCUGUAUACGCUGUGUUAUCGAUUAAGUACAGCCUCAAAAUGUUGAAAGAUUUGGUAAGGCAGCGACUCAUGACGGCGGCGGACGAAAUCUUCGAACUGUUUCAAACAGCGAUCGCGUCGUACGAGGAGCAACUUUGUCGAGCGAGAGAGGAGACGGCGCAACACCGGCGGCAACUUGAAGCUGUUUGCAGGACUCAAAUUGUCAUAAGCAUCGAAGAUCUUCAAAGGCUGAUUACUCCUCAGGAAGAAGUUCCCACUCAGCUGCAGGAGGAGCCACAGCCCAAAAAUGUUGAAAAGGAAGAGGACGAGGCCAAUGUCGCUGUAUUGCCAAUAUCAGACAUAUCUGUGGAAGAAUCUAAAAAGACACCACCUCAGCCGUCGCAGCUUCCUUUUGAUGGUAUGAGUGGACACCAGAGUGGAGAACAACCAACAGACACCCCCUUGGCUGCGCCUCCACAAAGUGACCACACGGAAGAUCGUUUGCGGAGCGACACGGAUUGUGAGGGUGACAGCGAACAGCCGGAAUGCUCAAAAAAGAAGAUGAGUCUUGUCAAAAAGAGUUCAUUCAAAACCAGGUCUGUCAAAACCAGGUCGGUUGAAAAGAGCUCUGUCGAGAAGAGCCCUGUCACAAAGAACCCUGUCACAAAGAACCCUGUCACAAAGAGCCCUGUCACAAAGAGCCCUGUCACAAAGAGCCCUGUCACAAAGAGCCCUGUCACAAAGAAUCCUGUCACAAAGAAUCCUGCCAAAAAGAGCAAAGUCAAAAACAGUCCUGGCAAAAAGAUGACUCCAAAAUGCAAAAAACACAGAAAACGUAAAGAAAUCUUCAAAUGCUCAAUUUGUGAUAAAAGAUUUACUCAGAAAGGGCACCGAACAAGACACAUGAAAACGCACACAGGAGAAAAACCCUUCAGUUGCUCAGUUUGCGGUAAAACAUUCGGUCGAAAGGAAAAUCUGGACUUCCACAUGAGAACACACACUGGGGAAAAACCCUUUGGUUGCUCAGUUUGCGGGACACAUUUCUCGCGAAAAGAAGGUAUGGAAGUACACAUGAGAAGACACACAGGAGAAAAACCCUAUCGUUGUUCAAUAUGCGGUAAAACAUUCAGUGUAAGUUCAAGUAUGGCAACACACAUGAGAAUACACACAGGGGAAAAACCUUUCCAUUGUUUAGAGUGCGGCGAAAGCUAUACUCAUCGCAACAGCUUGACUCUACAUAUGCGGAUACACAAGUAAGAAUAGAGUUUUUACAAUAGUCCCUGGAGAGCGAAGACAUCCAAAGCUGACCAUAUACUGUUUUUAUUCCAUUUCAAAAGUCUUAUAAAUCCUUCUUACCUCGGCAGUUAAUCACCCCUGUCUUUUGAAUGGUAAACUGUUGGAAAGUCACAAUAUUCACAAUGUUGUGCACAUAUGUUGUAGUUUUAAAAGUGCCUCAAUAUCAUUUAGGUCUUGUCUCGGUAAAAAAUGAUGUGCAAAUGUCCUUUUUUAAAUUUAGUUUUGGGUUAAAGCAUAGAUGUCGCUUAGCUUGGAUACACCAGCUCUAAUUUCCCUUCCUUGUUACAGGAAAUGAACACACUGAUUCACAGCAAAUGCACUCAUUGGCUAAGUCACUCACAAGACCGACAUGCAGCGUUGAUUGCAGAAUUCAUGCUUACAAAACGGCGGCCGUGCUGACUGUAACUACAAAAAAAAAAUCUGUGACAAUUGAUGUGAACUGCAGGACAUGUCGUCUACCUGAGCAUCGCUUUGUAAUCAAUCGAGUGAGUGUAAUAAUUGACUUCUUUCAGCUCUCUUGCAUCAUUCAUGUUUUUGUUUUUUUUUAAAUCCAGUAUCUUAGCAAGUUAGCGAGUCGAAAACCUGAGGUGAGCUGGAGUAAUGACUCACACGUUUACCUGUGAGUCUACGUUUAUUCAUGUUGCAUCCAUUUGUUGUUUCUUUUCAACUGUGUUUCAUAACCAAUAUGUACUGUUGUUGUUCAAGUUGCAAUUUCAAUAAAUAUCAUCAAAAAUAAAACUUCA